UUCGCUUCCGGUCAUUUAAACAGAUCGUAACAGACGUAAGAAACGCGCUGUACGAUUCUACGGUUGUUUCAAUAAAUGGGUGCAAAGCAAAUUAGAUUCGCCCGGGUAAUACAAGUGAUAUCCUGCCAAAAAUAAUUCCAAAACGGAGAAAAUUCCAAACGUUAAACCGACAGAUACCAACUGCAAAUUCGUUCAGAAACCCAAGACAGAGUAAUAUAAUUAGAAGAAAAUGUUUUUAUUAUUAAAAAGACAAUGACUCUCUUUAAAGCAUUUAUUUUUAAUGAGAUGUUUUACAGUGUUUCUGGAAGUCCGAAGCAGGGCUGGAGCCGUGCCCUCGGUCAGCUCCAACACAGACCCGCCUGUCUCCUUCCACAGGGGCACCCGCUACGCUUCUCUUCGUGUUUUUACAGUAUUUCCACUUUUUUUCGACCAGGGUACGAAACAUUAAAGAAAUACUGAAUAAAACGUAGUUUUCCCUUUGUUUCCGUGGUAACCGAAACUGCACGAAAACAACUGCCAAAGCCGGUCAGGAUCCAGGCACGUAUGCAAUCCCCACAGCACAGAUCGUCGGCGAGUUUACUUCUGGGCCCUACAAUUAAUCGUAUCAAGCGUUCAGGAUGGUACAUAUUCAUGUAGCAGUGAGGGAUGAUGAGAGUUGCCGGUGAACCGUAAAUGCAGUCGGUCGUAGCGCGUGCGCGCCCCCGCCUCCUGUGGAUCGGCCGUGCGUGCGCGCUCCCGUGCCCAGCGGGGGGAGGCGGCGGUGCCGGGGGAGAGUGUCGCUGUCAUUUUCUUCCUGGGUUUCGGUUUAACUUCAGCAGAGCUCCGGGUUCUCGUAUGACUCCGUCUCAGCCCCUCUGAUACCCCGUUCGGACCCCAGAUCGUGCGUGUGGGGAGCCAGUCUGCGGAGCCGAAGGCUGGAGCAUGUGGGCCUCCUGCUGUAACUGGAUGUGUCUGGAUACUACUACAGUGGAGGAAACCAGCAGCACGAGGCGCCAGGCCUACACUAACUCGGGGUACAGCAGUUACCCCUCCCCACCCGCCCCGGAGCAAACCUGCAAGGCCUGCGGGGGGCGCUUCGACACCUCAUCCAGGAAGCAUGUGUGCACGGACUGCAAGAAGAGCUUCUGCAGCAGGUGCUCGGAGCAGCCGGAGUUCGGCCUGCGGGUGUGUCACACGUGCCGCCGCUUCCACGGCAUUCUCUCGGAGAGGGCGGAGCUGAUGAAGCUGAAGGUGAAGGACCUGCGGGACUACCUGCACCUGCACGAGGUCUCCACACAGAUGUGCCGAGAGAAGGAGGAGCUGGUGGAGCUGGUCAUGGGCCGGCAGACUCCCAGCAGCAGCAGCAGCAGCCAUGGAGACGCCCAAUCCCACACACCCCAGCCCGGCCCCACUCCCGGUCCAGCCUCCCCCUCCACAUCCCAAGGUCCAGCUCCUGGCUGCCUCCCGCGCGGCGACCAGCAGAUCCCGGUGCCUUCCUGUCCAGGCGAGACACCAGCCAGUGAGACCGAGCCGGCACCCCAGGAGGAGCAGGAGUCACAGUCCUCAGACGCGGAAGAGACUCCGGCCCCAGGCCGCAGGGCCUCCCUGUCCGACUUGACCAACGCUGAAGACAUCGAGGCCUUGAGUGUCCGGCAGCUGAAGGAGAUCCUGGCCCGCAACUUUGUUGACUACAAAGGCUGUUGUGAGAAGUGGGAGCUGAUGGAGAGAGUCACCCGACUCUACCAUGAUCAGCAAGAGCUGCAGAAUCUGGUUUCAAACAAUGGAAACUCUACUGAUCCUUCUGGCCCACCGGGCAUGGAGGAGAACCUGUGUAAGAUCUGCAUGGACUCCCCCAUUGACUGCGUGCUGCUGGAGUGCGGCCACAUGGUCACCUGUACCAAGUGUGGCAAGCUCAUGAGCGAGUGUCCCAUCUGCAGGCAGUACGUGGUGAGAGCCGUGCAUGUGUUCAGAUCCUGAGGAGGAACUGCACGGCUGCAGACGUGUGGCCUUCUGGGAACCUCAGGCUUCCAGACCAAAGAGUGCAUCUGCAGGUUCUCUCUGGAUGUUGGAUCAGUACAGGUGGGCUGUGUUGAAGAGUCCUUCUCUGAUUGGGUGACACAAGGGGGCCCUUGCUCCAUUCAGAAGGUGGUGUCUCCCGGUGUGUUGAAACAGCAGGGCUUUAAGGUACUUAAAGGUAUUCUGCCAGGCAAACAUCCUCUUGCAUCCUGGAUUCUGUCAUUUUUCUUUGGCUCCAGCAGUUCAGAUCUUCCUAUUUGUAGCAUCUAGCAACAUAAAGGGUUUUAUUUUCCCCACAAAGGAAUAAAGCAAAGGCUGGGCAAUUAAGUUGGAAUAAUAUUGACAAAUAGUUACAUUUCUAAGCAAUUAUGAAAUCAUUGAUUUCUUAAAUACAAUUCAACUUCAAAAUUUGCUGGGAAAUACCAUAUGCAAGGAAUUUUCAGAGUUGGUGAUUGUUCCGGGAGUAUUGUUGAUGUUGAACACCGAUGGAAUUAAAUGGAAGUUAAAUUCUCUGAAGGGACACCCGUGUGGUUUUACCCAGCAAUACUGAGCAUUGUAUCAACAACAGUCAAGACUGAGAUCUGCUGCUGCUGGUCACUUCACUGCACAAUAUACAGCCUCCUUGUUGGUUUUGUGCUGUGGUAUUGCCAAGGUCCAGAGAUAGUGACAGUCUGACCUGUGGUGUCUGGUAUUAAUAAAGAUCCAGAAUCUGA